GGCCGUUUGAACGUCAGAGUCCUGCUGGACAUCGAAGUUUAAACCACUUUCAUCAAAUAAACAAAACAAACCCUCAAAUACAAACAAACACGUCGACUCACUCCACCACACAGAUUCAAACCACUCCGUUCCCCUCACUCACUCCCACCCUGCUCCUGCUCCAUUUAGAGAGAGAGAGAGAGAGAGAUGGCGAUAGGGAUGGUAAUGGCGACAAAGGACGGUACUGGGUGCCGCGGUGGCUGUGGGAAGGGAACAAAAGCAGGUGAAGAAGAAGAAACAAACAGCAAUUUGUCGAUAAUCGAGAUACUGCUGGCCGCUCUGAGGAAGUCAAUGGUGUCUUGCCGAGUGGAUCGUCAGGGCGAGGAGCCCAUGGCGGCCCUCCACCACAUGGAGAUCGGCUGGCCGACCGACGUACAGCACGUGGCCCACGUCACCUUCGACCGCUUCGAAGGGUUUCAGGGCCUGCCUGUCGAGUUCGAAGUCGAGAUACCCUCCAAAGUUCCUAGUGCCAGUGCAAGCGUUUUUGGAGUCUCGGCAGAAUCGAUGCAGUGCUCUUAUGAUUCAAGAGGCAACAGUGUACCUAUAAUUCUCUUGCUAAUGCAAGAUAGGCUAUACUCACAAGGAGGUCUAAAGGCAGAAGGGAUUUUUCGCAUAAACCCAGAAAACAGUCACGAGGAGGACGUGAGGAGCCAAUUGAACAGAGGGAUUGUGCCAGAUGACAUUGACGUCCAUUGUUUGGCAGCGUUGAUCAAAGCAUGGUUCAGAGAACUUCCUUCGGGUGUAUUAGAUGGCCUUUCCCCUGAACAAGUUUUGCAAUGCAGCACAGAGGAGGAGUUCGUUGAACUAGUGAAGGAGCUACAGCCAACUGAAUCAGCAUUGCUUCAUUGGGUGAUCGAUCUUAUGGCUGAUGUUGUUGAACUAGAGGAAUCCAACAAAAUGAAUGCAAGAAAUAUUGCGGUGGUUUUUGCUCCGAACAUGACUCAAAUGUCUGAUCCGUUGACGGCUCUGAUGCAUGCUGUUCAAAUAAUGAACUUGCUCAAGACUUUGAUCAUGAAAACACUAAGAGAGCGAGAAGAGGCUGCAACAGUAGCGUAUUCACCAAUGUCGUCUCAUUCUUCUGAUGGGGAAAUUGAAAGCCAGCGAGAGAUGGAUACCAGCUGUGAAUUAAGAGGGUCACUGUCACAAUGUGAUGUCAAUUCCCCUUACAGCAAUGGCUGCAGAGAUGGGGAUGAAAUCGAGUCUUUGAGUGACAUGGAAGAAUGCUUAUUGGGUCAAUCUGACGAGAAAGAAAAUGCCAAAAUCCCAGCGGAGUCAAUCGGUGAUCGAUUGCGAAGACAUCAUGUCAGUGCCAGAAGUGGCUCUACAUCUUACAUGCAAUCUGGUGUUUCCUUAUCUGAUAGCAAAUUUGAAAGUUCUUGUUUGAGCACAAGUGAUGGGGAAUACUCGGGGGCAUGUUCGAUUGCUGUUGGGGUAAAGGAUGAUUUGGAGAUCCGAGAAAAACUACAUGAAAACAUGGAUGAUGAUGUUGAGAUGGUUAGCAAAUUGGAGUCAGCUACUCCAAUUCCUUGGUUUGGUAUCCAUUAAAUGGAAUUGGUCAUAUGCUUAUCUCCGUUUUAUGUGGUUAAGCACCUUGUUUUCAGAUUUUCGGUUUUCUUCGUUAGCUUUAGUCGGUUCUGUAAAUUGGUUGUGUUUUCCGGUGUGGCGAAUUUGUCAUUUGCUCAGCUUCAGGCUGACUACACUACAUGCUUGUUGUCUGUGAUUCGGUACAAAUGAUAUCUCUAACUUCGUGACAGUUCUGUGGUUGGAAUUAACAUGUGUUUGCUCUCU